AUGGCCACUACUCUCGUAUAUCAGCAUUCCCUGGUGGACGACAUCGCCCAUCAGCUAUAUCAAAGAUCCAUGUCCAAGGACAAGCGUUCCCCGGAUCAGCCAGCUCCCUUCAAGGGCGAGUUCUCCUUUGUCAACAAGGACGCCGGCAACAUUGACUCCAAAGACCACAAUGCCGCCGUGUCCUGGCAUGUGAUGAACCGCUACGAGCGUUGGAAGAAGCAGGAGCAAGCGAAGAAGCUACGAGCGUCUGCCAAUGUUCCCGUGGGGCCGCUCUCCCCUCCUUCGCAACAGCCACAACAGACACAACCCCCGCUGCCACAGCUGCCUCUGCCGCCGCCGCAGCAGCAGCCGCCGUCGCUCCCGCAAACACAGUCUGUACGUCCAUUUCCAUCUGAGCAUCCUAACAGGAGGGCGCGGUUGACACGCACCUCACAGUCGAGAGCCAUCCCCCCGGUGACUCCGUUUGGAUUUGACCCAUGGAUGGCCGAGCAACCCCUUCAGCUUGGCUAUCCUGGCAUCAGCUCUGGUCAAGCGUCGAGUAGCGGACUGCCGACGUCGACUACAUCGACGCCGUCGACGCAUUCUAGCAUGAUCGAGGAUGAUCCUACGUCCAUGUUGAGUUCGAUCAACAGGCCACUAGACCCCGGUUCAAGCCCAUUCGAAGCGACUUCCGUGUCCAUGACGCCCCUGGUGAAUAAUCUCAUAGCGUUCGCCUACGAAGUCUUCAUCCCCCAAAGCUGGCCCAAGGAAUCGGAUAAGAACGAAGGGUCCUACGAGGUCGCCAGGGGUUGGGACGACACCGCUCUAAUCAACCAAGACGUCUGUUACGCCAAUGCAUACCUGAGCCUUCUGGCAGCUGCCAUGGGCGUUCUGACUGAGGAUGAGAGUCUUGCAUAUCAAUCCCGAUAUUUUCAAGGCCAGGCUAUGACAGAGUUGAGGCAGCGAGUGGCUCGUUCUGGACCGCAAGACCUGGCCACCCUCAAAGCCAUAUUGAAGCUCUUUUCGUCCGAGACUCUUGUAGACAACACCUCGGUCGCGCGCAUGCACCUAAAAAUGCUGCGAAAUCUCGUCAAUGCGGCCGGAGGAGUCAUAUUGAUGGAUGCUUGGUUCCGCGAGGAUCUACUCUCCAGCGAUUGCUACUUUGCUCUCAAAUAUGAGACUCGCCCACUCUUCCCGGCUUCAGAGUGGACUCCAGGGCCUUUGAGUCAACCCUGGAAGGCCCGCCUGCUGUCGGCAGGGGUUUUCGGAGACCACGCCGCUACCAUUGAUCCGCUGGUCGAGCAUCCUAUCAUGAAAGCGGUCAUUACUGACUUGCGGGAACUUUUCAAAGCGCAGGAGUACACACAAACUCACGACGUGCCGAGCGACGAUCAGUUGCUGAGAUGGAAGCAACUGCGCAAGUUCGACUGCAUCUCGCGUCUGGCGGAUCAUUACGUGAAUGUUGCGAUCUACCCUCACUUGUUCCAGCGGCCACUGACACAGGCUUACACUUGCGUUGCGACGGCGUUGAUGACCGCCAUGGUCCUAGGCUCACCGGAACCGGUGCGAUUUGGGCUCAAGCUCAUCACCGAUCUACGCAAGAAGUUGACGGAGAGUGCCUCAGAGGAUGACGCUGCGCAGUUCCGACGACUGCGACUCUGGGCGCUGUAUGUGGGAUCAUUGGCGGAAAAAGUGCAUCCGGUGAGCCCUGCGGACGAGCACUGGUUUCACGAGCAGUAUCAGAGUCAAUUCAGCGAAAUGGGCUUGUCAGGUUGGGAGGACACGAAGAAAGUGAUCCGACAAUUCCUGUUCUCCGAUAAACUUCACCAAGAGGUCGAAUCUGGACGAGCUCAUCGAGCGGCCGAUGCUAGGCAAGGACUCUACACUGCGUCGGGCUGCAGCUGGCGAGAGCCCUGGUCGGAUACGAAUCUGGACAUGCCGGAAGUCGAGGAGAAUGUUGGCGGGUCGGUAUCUGCAGGCAAGCGGCGCGCAGACGAUGAUUAA